GUUGACCCAGGCUGCAGGGACAGACAGAGACAACAGAUUCACAUUAUUGUGUCUGGUAAUUUACACAUUCGCUCAACCACCCGCGGACAUUGAAUUACUUUUCUCAACAACGUUCGAGAGUUCGUCAGCCUAUUCCAUGGGACCAUUACGACAAUCCAAGCGCGCCAGAACAAAGCCUCCCAUCGAACAGGCGGGCUCGAGGCCAAAUGUUGAGUCGAACGAAGCACCAAGUGAAGCAGGCUCGUCAACAUCCGCAGAAUCCUCGACUCCUGUUCCAAAGACCCCCCAAAAUGCGGCAAACUCAACCGAGGACAUAGCUGUUCCUUUGACGGCUGGCAACGCCAGGUCCAGUGCCAACAAGCCGCUCAAGUCUAAGAGUAGUUGGUAUGGGACUUGGCCUCGAAAAUCAACGGCUUCUACUCAAGUGGCGAGGGAAACUAUAUUGGCUGAUAAGCCCACAAACACUUCAUCUGCUGACUUAGGUCGGUUCGAAACUAAGCCUCCACCUGCUACAUCUUCACGUCCUCCUUCUAUGCUGCUCGGGAAGAGCAAAGAGACAUUAGAUGUCACUAUGGGCGGAACAUAUGAAGCGGAAAAUGCGGCAGAUAACAUAGAGCACAUGAAGCCGAUGUCCAGCGAGAAUGAAGCGGAUGCUCCCUCGCCUCUACCAGUACCUACCGAGAAUAUACCUGCUCCUCCUCGAACAGAGCCGGUAUCAGACGCCGCUUCCCAACGGCCUUCGACAUCUUCUGGCUGGCUCGGAGGCUGGCUUAGCAGGCCGAUGCCACAGACGCAUGCAGCGGAUGAGUGCCAGCAGAUUACCAGUCAACCUCAAGCUGCACAAAAGCCACAAGAUCAAAUGGAACAAGAAGCACCAAAUGAACAGCCUGUGCUGAAGGAAUGCACUACAGAGAAUGCAUCAGCUUCAGUACCAACACCAGCGCCACCGUCAUCUUCUUGGUUUGGUCUUUGGUCGACUGCAGCACCCUCGACCGUAGCAGAGGCCCCUAAAGAUGAGAUACCCGUGAAAACAGGGGAUACUGGCGGGGACACUGUCAUGGAAGAUGCUCCUUCUGCAGUGCCGGAAGCAAGCACUCAACCUGCAGCUGGAUCUUCAUGGGCAUUCUGGUCAACAGACAGCAAGAAGCCCGCUGAUGCUCCAGCAAAAACCGAGACAUCUGGACAGCUUGCAGUAGCAGGGGAAAGUUCCCAAGACAAGCCUGAGCCGGCAAAGACUGUACCGGUAAAGGACACUCAGAAGAAGGACAGCAAGAAAGGGAAAUCAAGUAAGAGAACUAGGCCAUUGUCAGGCGAGGUGGAAGAACUUCAACCAAACAGCAGUGUGGAAGCGGCACCUAAAGCUACUUCAUCUCAAAGCCCAGCUAGCGUAAAGGCUACACCUCCAAAUUUACUGCUUCCUUCGGUGAAAAGCACCUACCGCCUGGUUGAGAACCCCUCGAUUCUGCAACAAAUUACCCGACUCAUCAUGUAUGGACAGCAACAACCUGUCAAGCAUGUAUUUUUGGUCAAAGAUCCGCCAAAAAUUAAGAAAGCUUUAGCAAUAGGGAUUCAUGGUCUUUUCCCGGCCCCGCUGCUUCGAACUGUGAUCGGGCAACCCACUGGAACUUCCAUUCGAUUCGCGAACCAUGCCGCCUCCGCCAUCCGCCGAUGGACAGAUAAGCAUGGAUCGGUCGAUUGUGAAAUAGAAAAAGUCGCUCUUGAGGGAGAGGGAAAGAUUGCUGAUCGAGUUGAUAAUCUUUGGAAACUUCUGCUCAAUUGGAUUGAUCACGUUCGAAAGGCAGACUUCAUUCUUGUUGCCUGUCAUUCGCAAGGAGUGCCUGUGGCAUUGAUGCUGGUAGCAAAACUAGUCGAAUUUGGUGUGGUAACGACAGGAAAGAUUGGCGUGUGUGCGAUGGCUGGAGUUUCUCUCGGGCCGUUCCCGGAUUACAAAUCGAGACUAUUCAGUGGAUCUGCUGGAGAAUUGUUCGAAUUUGCAGAUCCGGAAAGUACCGUCUCCAAGAGAUAUGAAGAUUCUCUCCGUGUAGCGGUCAAAUAUGGGGUCAAGAUCACAUAUUGUGGAUCCAUCGACGAUCAGCUGGUAUCUAUGGAGUCCUCCACUUUCUCGCCUGCGAGCCAUCCAUACAUAUACCGAGCUGUGUUUGUAGAUGGCCGAAUACACGCUCCUGAUUUCCUUUCCCACCUUGUCGGGUUUGCCUUGAAACUUCGUAAUCUGGGAGUUUCAGACCAUGGCCUCAUCAGAGAACUAUCCGCUCCUCUCGCGGGCAGCCUCUAUACAGGCGAGGGUCACAGUCGGCUGUAUGAUGAUGGAAAUGUUUACGAUCUCGCAAUUGAGUAUGCUUUGGAGACUACAACAGUUGGAGAUGUUCCCCUAGACGUUAAGAAAUACGAGAUCCCUACGAAUGCGAAUCCAUACAUCCUACCGUGGAUUAUGCGUGGACUUUUAGAAGAGGAUUUCGUGAAGACGGAGCUGGAUCAAGAGACAACCGAGCUUUUGAAAAAGUUCGAUGACUGGAAACCGGCCACGAAAGUCCUCAAAGAUGUGAAGUAUAGACUAGAAGCUGUAAGGUCAAAAUUAUAGGAUAAGGGACUCGGCGAAGAAGAUACAUGGUUGGUAGGCGCUUGGGAAUUAUGAAACGAACUCGGUUGGGCAAGGUAGAGACAUAGAUGUCUGGCGUUGAUAAGUUCACAGCGCUGAUGAGAAUCAGAAUGAUACCCUCAAUAUAC